AUGGAUGUUGCAGAUGCAAUUUGUUUAUGGAUACUGUAUCGAAGAAGACUGCGUCGUAGACAAAAAGCACGAAAAUAUUGGGUUCAUAGUAUUUUACAAAAUAGACUUAUCUCAAGCUUAUACAUUACGCUUUAUCCGAGUCUUAGGAAUUAUGAACCUAAAUUUUUCAACUACUUCAGAAUGUCAAUUCAAUCUUUUGAUGACUUGUUGGAACUAAUAAAGGGAGAACUUACUGCUGAUGAAAGUGCAAUUAGGUAUUGCAUUUCACCUGAAGAAAAACUUAUAAUAACUCUGAGAACACGAGAUGGCUGCAGUUAUGAAGAUACAUUUUUUACAGCACCCCUAUCAAGUUUAACUGGAGCUACAACUGGACGCGCUAUACGAGUAGCAGAUAAUGUUCGAGCCAAUUUUAUGGAUUAUUUCACCAAUGAAGGAAGUGUAGAAUGGCAAAACCGUAUGAUAUAA